GAUUACUCAAUCGCAAWGAGAAAAUUCAACAGAUGUGUUUUUCGGUUUCAUCGGUAGAAAGCAUCAUCAUUCCUCCAGCCGGCGGAAACUUCAAUGUUCAGAAGAAGGGGCUUUGUACGACACGAGUUUUGACGUCCAGUGCGUCUCUCCAAUACACAGGAGCCGUUUAAACACUAGCUGAUCACAUUUAAUUCGAACCAUUCCGACCACACCGACCCAGCAACCAAGAUGAUGUUCAAGUCCUUGACCGCCGUUAUGGCCCUCAUGUGCGCAUCGGGUGCAUCCGCCUUUGCCCCAGUSAKCACWUCAAAGGCUUCCGUGACCUCCCUUGACAUGGCCUCUGGAAACAGCGAGGAUGCUUCGAAAAAGCUUGCCGCAUCGGUUCUCGCCGCCACCUUCAUUUUGGGAAAUGUCGUAGCCGUCGAACCCGCCCAAGCAAUGGAUGAUUCUUACUUUGGAUCCAGCCAGGUSAUCGCUGCCCGCAGUGGAGGUCGUGCCGGAGGACGAUCGUCCGCUGCCCGCGCCCCGUCUCGCCCUGCAAGCAGCUCGAGCAGMUCCAGMUCAUCUUCCACCACCGUUAUCAACCGAACAUAUGUGACACCUGCCGCUCCCGUUUACAGCUCUCCUUCCGUUAUUGUGGCCCCUCCUGUGUACAACCCCAUGCCCGGAUUGGGAUUGAGUCUCGGAUUGAACGCCGUCAACCAGAUCGGAAACGACAUGCGUGACUACCGCCAAGAGCGAGAAAUCCAGGACACCCGUGCGGAGCUCCAAUCGUCUCGCAUGCGCGAGGCAGAGAUGGAAGCUCGAUUGCGACAGCUCGAGGCGGGACAGGGACAAAUGAGCCAAGCCCAACAACUCCAAUUCCAACAGCAAAUGAUGAUGCAACAGCAAGCCGCUGCCAAUGCCGCAGCAGCCGCCGCCGCUGCGAAAUAAGCUCAACAAGGUCAACACGAAUGGAUCAGAUCUUGGUUUGAAGAAGUUUGUUAAACACAUCACGUAGCUUGUCUCCUUCGUCGGGAAUGACGUCGUAGUGAAUUGAUGGAGGGCGACAUGCCCUUGACCCUUGAGGUUACUCRAACGUUUUUAUAUAUAUUAUUAAACUUGAUAAUUUAUU